CCCUGCCACCAAAGGCGGACGAGACGCUAGCAGAACGUCAUCAUCAACAUAUCAACAUCAACGAUUCCUCCCUAUUCCUUGGGCUAGGGUCAUGGUCAACAGUUUGUUGCUGUCUUUGAUACCAUUUUAAUCCAAAAUGUCUCUUGUUGAUGUUGAUGGCGAUCCUUGGCUGAGGGAGCAUGAGGCAUGCGAAAAACUGUUCCGUGAAAUUGCUGCCCAGCUCUCAGAGCGGGAUUCUCAAAUUCCGUCAUCAGCUGCUUAUGGCAAACUGUCAGCUUCCAUACGAGUCAGGUUGAGACAGUUUGAAGUAGAAGUCCAACAACUACGUGGAAAGUUGUCAGUUACUGCAGGGAGAGAAACAAUAACACCUCAUGAGGCUGAAAGAAGGAAAAGACUUGUGGAGCACUUAGAGAGUGGAAUACGCCAACUUCAACAGCGUUUUAGUACUAGAAAUCGUGAAAGCGAUGACAACCGUUCCCAGCUGCUAACAAAUCGUGCUGGCAGUUCCAAUGUCUUUGCAGACAUGGGUACGACAGGAUGGGGCAAUGAACCUGAUUCUGACACAUUUGAUGUUGCGAGGGCUCAGAGUAUGACACAACAGGUGAUCAGAGAACAAGAUGCUGGCCUAGAAGAAUUAGCUAAAAUAAUUUCCCGACAAAAAGAUAUAGCACGAACAAUAGGAGAUGAAGUAGAUGUGCACAAUGAAAUUCUUGAUGACUUGGCUGAUGGUAUUGAUCGUACCACAGUGGGAUUAAUGAAUGAAACACGGCAGGUCCGCACAAUAUCAAGAAAAGACUCUACAUGUGGACUCUGGACCGUAAUCAUCUUGCUAUUCAUUGCAAUCUUAGUCAUUGUUUGCCUGUGAUAUGAAUCAUCAAUCUUAAUCUUCAAACCUAUUCCAUUCGAACAAAAUACCUAUGCGAGAUGAAAUUGCAGUCAAUGGAAUCCUUCUCUAAAUGUAAUCACUAUUUUCAUUAUAUUUUGCUACAUUCAUAAUAUUGCUUACACUUUUACGUGUUGAAAGUGUACGACUUUUUAAAUAAAAUUGUGAUAAAUACUAUAUUAAUAAAAAAUUGAGACAUAAA